AUGUCUGGCAGCUAUGACGACAGCAACCGUGCAUUUCUUCAGGCCUUCAUGGCGCGUUCAUCCAUGACCUUCGAAGAGGCGCAACCUAUCUUAGCAGCAAUCUCCACAGUGAAAGAGAAUCGCACUAUCAACGUAAACGAUAUCACCGAAGAACAUCUCUCCUCCUACAUCUCACUUGCCAAUGCUGCUAUAUCGCCCUUUGACCUGGAGAUCAGAAGCUCGUUAAACCAAGCUAUAAAUCAUGAAGAGGAUGAAGAUAUCUCACCCACACGGGUGUAUGCCCUAGUCAAUACUACCAGUGAUCCCUUGACCCAGCUCGCGACUACGUACUCCGCCGACGAAAUCGCCUUUGUCAAGCGCAUUCUUGACGGCAUGUUCAUCACAAAUAAUGAUCGGAUAAAGGAGGGCAUGGUGAUUCCUUCAAUGGAGGCGGUUCAGCUGGCCCGAAUUAGCGACCCCAACCGACGCCGAACAGGGAAUACCGCAGUGCAGCCGAACCAAGGCGUAACAGCACAGAAUCUAACACUUCCUCAAGCCGAAACUACAUUAAAAAACCUUGUCUCAGAAGGCUGGCUCCAGAAGAGCAGAAAGGAAUUUUACAGCUUGACUCCACGAGGACUCAUGGAGCUGCGUGGUUGGCUCGUAAUGGAGUACAAUCAGACCGAGGAUGGGCGAGAAAUGAACCGAAUUAAGUUCUGCAGUGCCUGCAGGGAUAUUGUCACUGUGGGUCAACGUUGUGCGGAUCGUGAAUGUACGGGUCGACUACAUGAUCACUGCAUGCGAAACUUCUUCCGUAUUCAAAAGAGCGAAAAUUGCCCUAAAUGCAAGAAAGAUUGGCCUGGUAAUAUGUUUGUGGGUGAGAGAGCUAUGGCACUCAAGAAAACUACAAAUACUCCGCGGCCGAGAGUUUCCCUGAAUCAAAAUAGUCAAGCAGACGGGUCUGAUGAGGAAUCUGAGGAAGAUGAGGGAUGA